AUGGGUCUUACAAUUUCUGGCAUUUUUCAACGCCUUUUUGGAAAAAAACAAGUUCGUAUUUUGAUGGUUGGUUUGGAUGCUGCUGGAAAGACAACAAUACUUUAUAAAUUGAAGUUGGGUGAAAUUGUAACAACAAUUCCAACUAUAGGAUUCAAUGUUGAAACUGUUGAAUAUAAGAAUAUUUCUUUUACAGUAUGGGAUGUUGGUGGCCAAGAUAAAAUUCGUCCACUUUGGAGAUAUUAUUUCCAAAAUACACAAGGCCUCAUAUUUGUUGUUGAUAGUAAUGAUAGAGAGCGUAUUGAGGAAGCUAAAGAAGAACUUACAAGAAUGUUGAAUGAAGAUGAAUUAAGAGAUGCAACACUUCUUGUUUUCGCAAACAAACAGGAUCUACCAAAUGCCAUGGCUACAGCUGAGAUUACUGAAAAAUUAGGAUUACAUGAAAUUCGUAAUAGAACAUGGUUUAUUCAAUCAGCUUGUGCAACUCAAGGACAUGGAUUAUAUGAAGGCUUAGAUUGGUUAUCACAACAACUUUCCCAACAAUAG